UUAGUGGGCGGGUCGGAGUGGAGCAGAACUAGCUGUCAGUGAGAGAGAAACACCUACAGUGCUCGCUUCGUGUUUGCACAUUAAACAAGUGUGUUACUCCACAGACGGACGUUUCCUUUUCUUCGUUUUCCACCGCGACAACGCGGCUGGGUGGAGUUGUGUUUGCGAGUCUUUCGCCGCUUAUCAUUUUGUACCGGAGAAGGGAGAAGAAGAAGAAGAAAACGACCACGGCGAAAGGGAAGAAGAAGCAGCGCGAAACAUGGCCACUACAACCUGCACACGAUUCACGGACGAGUAUCAGCUGUACGAGGAGCUGGGCAAGGGAGCCUUUUCAGUGGUGCGCAGAUGUGUCAAGCUCUGCACGGGACAGGAAUACGCGGCCAAAAUCAUCAACACCAAAAAGUUAUCUGCGAGAGAUCACCAAAAGCUGGAGCGAGAGGCUCGAAUCUGUCGCCUGCUCAAGCACCCAAACAUCGUUCGUCUUCAUGACAGUAUAUCAGAGGAAGGCUUCCACUACCUCCUCUUUGACUUGGUGACCGGAGGUGAACUGUUCGAGGACAUUGUAGCCAGAGAGUACUACAGUGAGGCAGAUGCCAGUCAUUGCAUCCAGCAGAUCCUGGAGGCGGUGCUUCACUGCCAUCAAAUGGGCGUGGUGCACCGAGACCUGAAGCCAGAGAACCUGCUCCUGGCGAGCAAAUGCAAGAACGCAGCGGUGAAGCUGGCAGACUUUGGUCUGGCCAUCGAGGUCCAGGGAGACCAGCAGGCCUGGUUUGGCUUUGCAGGCACGCCAGGCUACCUGUCACCCGAGGUCCUGAGGAAGGAGGCGUAUGGCAAACCCGUGGACAUCUGGGCCUGCGGGGUGAUCCUCUACAUCCUGCUGGUGGGCUACCCUCCUUUCUGGGACGAGGACCAGCACAAGCUGUACCAGCAGAUCAAGGCUGGGGCCUACGACUUCCCUUCCCCAGAGUGGGACACGGUGACCCCUGAGGCCAAAAACCUGAUCAACCAGAUGCUGACCAUCAACCCGGCCAAGAGGAUCACCGCCCAGGAGGCCCUCAAGCACCCGUGGGUCUGUCAACGGUCCACGGUGGCGUCCAUGAUGCACAGACAGGAGACCGUGGAGUGCCUGAAGAAGUUCAAUGCCAGGAGGAAACUGAAGGGAGCCAUCCUCACCACCAUGCUGGUCUCUCGAAACUUCUCCGCAGCCAAGACUUUGCUCAACAAGAAGGCCGAUGUCAAGCCUCAGACAAACAGCACCAAAAACAGCAUAGUCACCAGCCCAAAAGGAAACAUCCCUUCACCUGCUCUGGAGUCCUCGGACAGCAGCAACACCACCGUGGAGGAUGAGGACGUGAAAGCGGCCGCCAAGUUUGCUGACCUUCUGGGCUCCGUGCGCAGGGGCUCAGGGCCCACGUCGGACGGAGAAGGCCGGUCCGCCACCCCGCCCCCCGCCGCCCUCUCCUCCCCCUCCCCCUCCCCCUCUCGCACGCACGCCCCCGCCGUCCCAAUGCAGAUGUCCAGGCUCACGGACUUGGUGAGCAGCGUUCGCAGGGUGCCACCGGGCCCACCGCCUGCGGCGGAACCCGACGCCGCCACCCCCAGGCCCACGCCUCCUCCCGCUCCUGUGCAGGCCACCUCCCCGCCUCCCCCCCCUCACGCACCGUCCAGCCCCUCCCCUUCCUCCUCCCAGAUCCGCAAACAGGAAAUCAUCAAGAUCACAGAGCAGCUCAUCGAGGCCAUCAACAACGGAGACUUUGAGGCGUACGCCAAGAUCUGCGACCCCGGCCUGACGUCCUUUGAGCCGGAGGCCCUGGGCAACCUGGUGGAGGGCAUGGACUUCCAUCGAUUCUACUUUGAGAACCUUCUGGCCAAGAACAGCAAGCCCAUCCACACCACCAUCCUCAACCCGCACGUCCACCUGAUUGGCGAGGACGCCGCCUGCAUCGCCUACAUCCGCCUCACGCAGUUUGUGGACGGACAGGGAAGGCCGCGCUCCAGCCAGUCGGAGGAAACCCGCGUGUGGCACCGCCGGGACGCCAAGUGGCAGAACAUCCACUUUCACUGCUCGGGCGCCCCCGCCGCUCCGCUGCAGUGAGAUGUUCGUCCUUCCUUUUGUGUGUGUGUAUGUGUGUGUGUGGGGGGGGGGGGGGGGGGCUCAGCGGAGGGAGGAAGAGCAGGUGAUGACCACAGGAACUUGACAAGCCGAUGGGCUGCCACCGCCGCUACCGCCGCCAUUGCCACUGGAGGGCGUGGCGGCUCCUUGGUGAUUCCUUCUUCUUCCUGGCGCUCUCCUUUGCUUUGUCUUUCUUUGACCUUCUUUUGUCUUUGUUUUUGUCCUUCUUUGUCUUUGUCAAGCCACUCUUGUCUCACUGCACUGGAAAUGUCAAAGUACUAUCAUUAUUACUACUACUAUUACUACUAUUACACAUUUGUAUCAUGGAAUUUAUUAUUAUUGAUGCCAGUGGUUUCUAGUUCAAGGAUUUUUGUCCACCUUUUUAAGGAAGCAUGUACCCCCCCUCCCUCCACCAAUACAAUGGUUGUUUUUUAUGGUGGAUAUUAUGUGGAAAUGAUACUUUUUGUAUUUGCCUUUUGUGUUCUCACCCUUUCUUUACAUAUACAGUACUACUUCUGCUUUGGGGCGGGGUCACCUGUCACUCUGGAAUCUCAACGUGUGUGUGUGGGGGGUGGAGAGGUCUGAAGAUGGGGGUAGGGGCGAAAGAAGUGAAAAGUCAUAAUUUUUAGGUAAAAUCCUCGGAAUUCUGAUAUUUAAAAAAAAUGGGUAUCAAGUAUCAGAUAAUCAGAUUUAAUAUUUAUGAGAUACAAUUUUUUUUAAUUAUGACAUUAGAAAUAAAAACUAUAUAAAACAUUGAAAUUAUGAAAUGAGAUUUAAAAAAGUGUAGUCAAAAUGAUCAGAUAUAAAUUCUCAUAAUAUAAUUAUAUAAUAUUAAUAUUAAUGAAUAUAAUUAUGAGAUCAAAAAUUCACAAUUGUGGGAUGAGUUAAGUCUAAGUUUAAAUUAUGAGAUGAUAUUUAGAAAAUUAUGAGAUGAAAAGUCUAAUAGUAGUGAGAUGAAAAGUCUCAUAAUUAUGAGAUAUAAUUAUGAGACUUGGAAAUUAUGAGAUGAGCUCAAGAGUCAUAAAUGAGAAAAAAAUUAUCUGAAAAGUGAAAAUGCUCAAAGUCCAUGCUAGUAUGCUGGAGCCUACCCCAGCUGACAUUUUGGGGAGAGGCGGGGUCCAGCCAAUGGCAGGGCACAAAUAGACAAAAAUAGAAAUGUGGGGAUUAAAAAUGAAAAGUCACAGUGUGUAUCUGAUAAUGCUGACUUUUUAUUGGAUCAUUUCGAGUUUUCCUGGGAUAUUUUCUUCUUCCAGUGAUGGAGACAGGAAACAGGCUUUUGUUUUAUUAAAAGGACAAUCAAGGAUGAAAGGUUUUUUAAUGCUAUGAAUUUUUGGUGAUGAUUUUUGAAUGUUAUGUUAUUUCCGAGGUGGUCAUCCUUAGUUGGCCCUGCCCCCUUAGCCAUGUGUGUGUGUGGGGAGGGGGGGUGAGAUAGCUCCCUGACCCCUCCCACCAGGAAAUGGCAGCAUGUCGAGUCCACACGUGUUGUUGUUUCUUCGUGUUUACACUUUUCUAUCAGAGACUCACUUGGUCUUCUAAACGAGCCUGUUAGCUUCUUGCCGUCUUUUUGCAUGAACGUCAGCAGGACACUUUGUGUGUGUGUGUGUUGGUUUUUAACCUUUUUGUCCGCCUCUUUUCCUUCCUCACGCCAAUUUUGGCUUUUCUGUCUAUUUUCUCAGCUUUGGUAUAGAUAUUUUUGUCUCCAGAUGAUAUAAUGCAGACAUCUCUCUCUAUAUAUAUAUAUAUGUACACACAAUAUAUAUAUUGAAAUAUUUAUGGAUAUGCAGUAUAUAUAUGUAUAUAUUUAUAUACAUAUAUAUAUAUAUGAAAAGUAAGUUUGUCCAUGAGGAUUUUGCAUGUUUUUUUGUACAUAAACGCUGAGAGAAGGUACGUUGUGGAGCUCCAGCAGGGGGCGCAACACGGUCAAGCACAAACAAAAAGUGGCGAGCUUCCACAGACACGAAAGACCACCGAUCGGCAGACGCUUGCGAGGAGGCGCCCGCCUCCGUUUGGUCGACGCCUUGUCUCUUUUGUUGCUGUGACUUUUUCUUUCUGUUGUUGUCAUGGAUACGAUGAUCUGUGAUCUGUGGUGUGCUUCACAUGCUUUUCUCUUCCUUGUGCUAUCAGCUGUGAUCAAUAAAAUGGACAUCCAUGUACACAAACGGCA